GAAAGUGGAAAGUUUGAACAGUUAGUUGAUGUUGGGUUGUGCCUAUCUGUACUUUGGAUUUGAAAUGAAGAUUUUCAACAACUAAAAGUAGUGUAAAAACGUGUUACCAUAAUAAAUGAUAUGCAUAUCUAUUGAGGAACGACGACCAAGAUUGCGUAAGUUGGUGCAAAAUUUGACUAAAUUUGAAUUGCAAAAAAUAUCUAAAGCUGUUUGUCUGUGACAGUGUUGUUUUGUACUUGGACGAGCUGAAUAUACAGAAUAAAUCCCAUGUGUAGUGAUGUGUGGUAAUUAUUCCUACAAGUGAUGAACUAGACAGUUCCAAUGGACCGUUUGUGGCGGAUAUGAAUAUUGCUAUUGGUGUUGUAUAACAAGUGAAUAAUUUCGAUGUCGUAAUAGCCAGUUAUGAGGCUUACCGCAGCUAUUAGAAUCAUCCAAGCUCCCUGAGUAUUACUUACAGUCAGUGGUAGUGCUGGUGCAUCAAAGUUGCAGUUGCAUUUGCCAUUAUAGUUCCAGUCAGUGCUAUAUGUGUAUUUCAAUAGUGUAAAACGAACAUAUUCGCAAACUAGCGCAAGUUGUGUGCAUUCUCAGUCAGUACUACAAUUACAGCCAACUCGAGCGCAUGUGUUCCGGGUUAGUGCCUACCGUUCGAUAGAGUUUCAUAUUCAGUGCAAAUUGACUCCUGGCGCAGUUUGCAUUCGAUGCAACCGAUGACGAUGGAAUGAUUAUGAUGCAACCGAUAAUUGAAACAACGUUGACGUAGUGUGGCAGCGACCGAGAAAAGCUUAGAAUAUUAUUUGUGCAACAGUUACACACAGCUAGGAGUAAACACAAGUGCGCGAUAACGAAACAAAGACCUUGUGGUGAGGCACGUUCGUUGGAAAAUUAAGGUCGUUUGGAAGCGUGUGCAUUACCUACUGGUGAAGAACGGCGAAAAGAUAGUUUGUGCGAAACAGUCGUGAAUCUAACGAAUAUGUGCUCGUUGGAAGAUCCUACAUAAAAUCUUUUUUCUCACACUACUACCUAGUGUUUGAAGUGGAAGCUGGAGUAGUGAACAGGGAAGUUUCUAGAACAAGCUGUGAUACAGGUGACUUGUUGAACUGAUUGGAGAAGAAAAUUCAUCAAUUCCGUCAACGAUACGCUACAAUAACAAUGGGAAUGACCAAGCAGCAGCAAAGUUUGGGUCACCAGCAGAAAUCCAACAGCACGACAACGUCCGUCAUUGGCAGUGGUGGUGGUGGUGGUCCCGGUUCCGGUACCAACUCAUCAUCGGCCACGCUGAAACAACAACAGACGAAGCAUACUGUUCACUGGUUCCGCAAGGGUUUGCGGCUGCACGACAAUCCGGCGUUGCGUGAGGGCCUCAGGGAUGCCGCCUCGUUUCGGUGCGUGUUCGUUAUCGAUCCGUGGUUUGCCGGAAGCUCCAACGUUGGCAUCAACAAGUGGAGAUUCUUGCUACAAUGCCUGGAGGACUUGGACCGAAACCUGAGAAAACUGAACUCUCGUCUGUUCGUCAUUCGGGGGCAACCGGCAGAUGCACUUCCAAAGCUGUUUAAAGAAUGGGGUACCACGUGUCUAACUUUUGAGGAAGAUCCAGAACCAUUUGGCAAGGUUCGUGACCACAACAUUUCUGAAAUGUGCAAGGAACUGGGCAUAGAAGUCAUCUCGGCCGUGUCGCACACGCUGUACAAGUUGGAAAGGAUAAUCGAGAAAAAUGGUGGCCGCGCACCGCUCACCUACCAUCAAUUCCAGGCCAUCAUAGCGUCGAUGGAUGCCCCGCCUCAACCGGAACCGGCCAUAACGUUGGACACCAUUGCCAACGCAUCGACGCCGCAGUGCGAAGAUCACGACGAUAAAUACGGAGUUCCUACCCUGGAAGAGCUGGGCUUCGAAACGGAAGGCCUCAAGCCACCCAUUUGGGUGGGGGGUGAAACGGAAGCCUUGGCUCGUCUUGAGCGUCACCUAGAGCGCAAAGCAUGGGUCGCUUCCUUCGGAAGACCCAAGAUGACGCCACAAUCGCUACUUGCUAGUCAAACAGGUCUGUCGCCCUAUCUGCGCUUCGGUUGCCUCAGCACCAGACUGUUCUACUACCAACUGACGGACCUGUACAAGAAAAUCAAAAAAGCCUGUCCACCGCUGUCGCUGCACGGUCAGCUUCUUUGGCGGGAAUUUUUCUACUGUGCCGCCACGAAGAACCCGAAUUUUGACAAGAUGGCUGGCAAUCCGAUCUGCGUGCAAAUUCCGUGGGACCGUAAUGCGGAAGCGCUGGCCAAGUGGGCCAGUGGGCAAACGGGUUUCCCCUGGAUCGAUGCCAUCAUGACGCAGCUGCGGGAAGAAGGCUGGAUUCACCACCUGGCUCGUCACGCGGUGGCAUGCUUCCUGACACGUGGCGACCUGUGGAUCUCGUGGGAGGAGGGGAUGAAGGUGUUCGAGGAGCUGCUGCUGGAUGCCGAUUGGUCGGUCAACGCCGGCAUGUGGAUGUGGCUGUCGUGUUCAUCAUUCUUUCAGCAGUUUUUCCACUGCUAUUGUCCGGUGAAGUUUGGCCGGAAAGCGGAUCCAAAUGGAGACUACAUUCGCCGGUACUUGCCGGUACUGAAGAAUUUUCCUACUCGGUACAUUCACGAACCGUGGAACGCUCCGGAGACCGUCCAGCGCACGGCCAAGUGUAUAAUCGGUAAAGAUUACCCCUUACCGAUGGUAAACCAUGCUAUCGCCAGUCGUGCUAACAUGGAACGCAUCAAGCAGGUGUAUCAACAGUUGGCCAAGUACCGCAGUCCGAGCAGCAGUUUCGAUAGCGAAUGCCCGGAAAAGGGUGGAUCGGCCAUUGCGGGGGUUAUGACUCCUGCCAAAGUGCAGCACAUGAACGCAUCCAGUUUGAACGACAGCCCCAGCCCGACCACCAUCAUGACCAAUCUGAACAGCUCCGGAAACUACAUGUGUCGGACAAUUCCACCAGCACAAAGUGACCCGAAUGCAAAGAUCAUUACCUAUCACCAGAACAACCGGGAGGUGCAACAGCAGCAACACCGACUUCAGCAACAGACACAGCAGCACCUAGUAGGGGGACAUCAAACCCCUGGUAGCGAUCAGUUCACUAACCUCCAAGGUUCCGCAUACGUCACAAUAAAACCGGAAAGUCCUAGCAUGGCUGUGAGCAACAACAACAAUAAUAACAACAACGAUCUCAUAAAUGCACAUUUCAACACAUUGCAAGACCAGCUGAACAACAGCAUGAACCCGUUAGGUGGCACCGGUAGCACCAAGAUCGAAACGGACAGCUUCGAGUACGAACGGAAUCAGGAAAAUCUCUACAACAAUCAGUUCAAAGUGGAGUACACGGAUAACUACAACUCCGGAUACGGCAUGCGAAAUGCCGACUUCUACGGCAGGGGACGAGAGGAUGAACCGAGCGUAGAGCAAACGAUAAAGUCUUCCCUGAUUCAACCCGCCACCCUGCAACCGAACCAAGCCAAGCAACUUGGCGAGAAUCAGAUGCACAUUCAUCACCAUAAUCACCUGAAUCACCACAACCACCACCAGCAGCGCAGUGCGAUAGCGGACAAUCAUCGAAGGCAACACCAACAGCAUCAUCACCAACAACAGCAACAACCAAUGCAACAGUCACCAAGCGGCGAAGAAAAACUAACGUCCGGUGAUUAGAACCGGUUGCCCGAGAACCGGUGCGAAAGUGAGAAAAGUGAGUGCCGCUUCCUUAUUAAUUAGCACACUAUACGGUUCUCCGGUUUCCCGCGAUUUGCUUCUAUUAAUACACACAUAUGCUUAUAGAUAGUGCGCGGCUGUGCACGCUAAAUCGAAGGAGGCUGUGCGAGAGGCUAUCUACCACCCGGCUGCUCACCACAAACCGAUGAAGGCUGACAGAAGCUGCCUUGUUAGAGAGGUAGGCCGUUGACUUUGGAUAAUAUAGCUGGUUCUUUAUUUUUAGCUGA